CUCUUUUCCAUCGUUGUCUUCGGCUGCAUUUCAUCGGAAGGUUGGCGCACCGACGAGAAUGGCAAGGAAGUGUGUCUGUACAAUGGUGAUGGUAUGGCGUGCAAAUAUGGCAAUACAAUUGGCGUAUUCGGUUUUCUGGCGUCGAUGGCCUUCAUCGGUGGUGAGUACCUGUUUGAACGCAUGUCAUCGGUGAAGAGCCGGAAACGUUAUGUGAUGGCUGAUAUGGGAUUUUCAGCGUUCUGGGCUUUCAUGUACUUCAUUUCAUUCGUGUAUUUGUGGUCGCAGUGGUCCUCGUCGCCAUUGCCACCAGGUGGCAUCGGCGUUGGAAAUAUGCAGGCGGCUAUUGUAUUCUCAUUUUUCUCGAUUUUUGUGUGGGCUCUUUGCGCCUUCCUCGCCUACAAACGUUUUCUCAUCGGCGCCGGUGAUGAGUUCACAUCAGCCUUUGAAACAGAUCCAGCGAACGUGGUGCAUCAGCAGGCAUACACCAGCUACUCCAUGGAUAAUGACAACGAUCAGUAUAGUACGUCGCCGUUUAGUGGCCAACAACAACAACUAGGUAUGGAUCAGCAAGGCAUGGAAUAUCAACAGCCCACCUAUUAAAUAGUAUGAACGGCAAAUGCAUACAUGCAUAUGUAUGUAUAUCAUCAGCAGUUUAGUAGGAUAUCAAAAUAUGAGCGAUUGCGUUCGGCAAUUGUUUGUCGACUAGGCUCUUACAUAAGAUCAUAAAAUUUGGCAUUUUGCGGGUGAAUUUUGAAAUGCGAUGUAAAAAAAACGUUAAAAACUUUAACCGAAAACUAAAACAUGAACCGAAUACACCGAUAGCAAACAUAUAUACACUUAAAUACAUACAUAUGUAGACAAAUAUACACAUCUGAUGAAGCAAAGAAAUUAAAAAUAUGUACAUUUAUAUAACAAUUUGCGAUGGCGCGUAGAAAUGGUUGGAAAAAACUGUAAAAUUGCCGUCACAAUGACGCAAAGUAAAUAUUUAGUUAAAAGUAGAGUUGAUUAAGAAAAGUAGUAGUUUGUUAUUUUCGAAGCUUGAUUUCUCUAUGAGACAUUACGCGCGAAAAAUAUACCUACAUACAUAUGUACAUACAUAGGUAAUUACUAGGGCUGGAACUUCUAUCCGCAUUUUUUGAAUAUCCGGAUAGUCGAAUAUCUGAAUAAAAUAUCCGAACAAAAUGAAAAGAUAUUAACCAAAUAUCUGUGGAUGGCAAAAUUAGCGGUAUAAACCGUUACC